UCCUACUUUCCCCUGGAUAGUGUAUAAUUAUAUUUAUUGAUUAUAUUCAAUAACACUAUAAACAAAGCAUAAUCAACGGUGAUCUUCUUAAUUCGUCGCAGAUGUUGUAGUUAACUUUGGAUGGUUGUCCCUGGCAACGAAGAACAUCCCAGCCACCAGCGAACACAUCAUCAGAGCGAGCAAAAUGUUCACCGAGAUUUGAUAUGCGACGCCCCCCAGCCGUGCUUGUGAGAUUGUUUUCAGUGUAAAAUAUUGCUUAUUUACGAGGACCUUCCGGUGAUGAUUAAUGUAUGCAGCUAUCCAUCCCCUCUUUGUGUCGAGGACGGCUGCCAACUUUUGUUUACAGUAUAUAUAACGAGACCACCGGCCUAAAGAACCGCCAUCAACGUCGCUUUUACAGACCUCUACUCCUCUAAGCCGAGGUCAAGAACCAUUCUACGACGCCCAAUCGACGAUGACCACCCCGCAAUUGACAGAAGACAAGAUAAAGAUAGACGCCGCGGCGAACAGCAACCCUGUGGCCAACGGGUCAGCCAAAGCCACCUGUACACAAGCUCCCGCAGGCCCGAAAAACAAGAAUCAUCAAACGCUGGGCGAAGAGGAUAUAUCGAUGGAUGAUAUAGAUACAGGAUCUGGGCCGCAUGAGAAUGGCACUGGUGGGCCUACACAAGCCAACGAGGAAUAUAGAUACAGUUCUUCGUCCACAUCACAGCCAGGAUCAAGAAGCAGCUCUGGAAACACCGAAUACAGAGAAGGAGAGAUAGACGAUUUCCCGUACGACGAUGAGUUUGAAGAUGAAGACAAGUCCUUUGUCAGUGACCUGCGAGGCGGUGGGAAAGGGAUUCGUUCAGCACGUACUUCGAUCUCGUCGCUUCCAGGAUCGGUUGUUGUAUUCCCCAAUAACAAGUCAGGGGGAAACGGACACCUGUCAAGGGGGGAUUAUCGACAAGAUAUCAAUAUCAAUACUGCUGAUAGGAACCCCAUAUUUGAAAGCCCCCUUUCCGGUGGCAGAGUUCGCUCCAAGAAAAAGAUAGCUAAGGACGGGCGGUACAGCUAUGCACCGCAGGUGAGAGACUUGGACUCUCCGUUUCGCCACCCCAGCUCAGUCCGAGCUAUGCAGAUGGGGGAUGAGGACUAUUAUGAUGACGGAUGUAUGGAUGACGGGAACUAUUUCUCGUCUCCACCGUCAAGGAAUAGCCGGAUGGGCGGCCGUCAACAUGGAUCCCCGAGGAUGUCAGACGUUUCGUUCAGAUCAAGACCUAUGUCUCCAUCUGAUCAACGGUCAUAUCAUACCAGUCCACCUCAGCCAAUCCAGCCGAGCAAGGAGUAUGCGCUUGUCCUGCUUCAUUGCACCUUACUUCCACCGUGUUUCCCUCUUUCACUUCCGCCUGGACUACCUCCCCCAAGCAAAGAGUUGCUCAAAGAGAUAUUGCCUGAUGCUUAUUGGACUAGAUGGAAAUUAUUAGAAGAGAAGAUCGGCUCUACCGGCCUUUUAAGGGACAGAGGAAUCCUUAUAUCUCAUCCCCAGGAGGCAUAUGACUUGCUAGAGGAACGUUUGCUAGAAACCCUGGGUUUGACUCGCCCAAGACUUGCAUAUGGUCAUUUCAUUGGGGGAGAGGAUGAUACCGAUGAGGAUGAGCACGUCACUGAAGAUGAAGAUGAAGAUAACGACACUGAAACCGGCUGUGUGAAACACAAAUGCCAGGAUUGUGGUCAGAAGGUCAUCAAGAAUCGUGAUGGGAUUGAAAAGAAAUGGGAGGUCAGAGUCUACGCUGCAAACGGACUUAUGGGGCAGGGCGCUUGGUCAGCUGCUUGGAAAGAGAUGGAAAAAGUCGAUGUGGAAGUUGGGCUGUGUCUUCCGACAAAGCUGAGGAAUGAGCUGGAGCUAAGGCUGACUCAGGAGAUAUUGAAGCCAGAAGUCAAGGUGAAGGAUUUUCCACUUCGAGCAUCCAAAUCCGGUGAGAUCCCUUCAGUACGUCCUCAAUCGCAAAUUGAUGGGUUGGAUGAACCACCACAGGCAAAGCCAGCAGCUAAAUCGCCGGCCCGCGAGAGAGGGAGAAUAGCGUCUAUCCCAAAAUCAACACAGUACCCUGGGGAUGAUGUCAACCUUUGGAAAGCACUCUUUAAUUACAUACGAAUAGUGUGUCGAGGCAAUCAGCUCCCGAUAAUGACCGUCUUUCUUGUUCUACUUGCUCUUCUGACUCCUUCUCCGUACCACUUCCUUGGACACUCCUCCUCGGAUGUUACCAUGCCGCAGCUCGACACCAUAUCCCUAGACCAGGCUUCAAUUACGCCAAUGCCUACCAGCAAAGUAGAAGCAGUGUCUCAGCUACCGGCUAGCUCGGGAGAGAUUGUGGAAAGCUCAUUGCCGGUAAGACAAGAGUUGCCGACUGCGUCGUACUCUGGGGACAGUUCUCAGGAAACUGUAUCAACCCAAUUAGAUUCUUCUGCCUCGCAUCCUAAAUCUCAAGAGCAAAAAACAUCAUCCGAAUUGGAUACCUUACUUGAUGAGAAUCCUUCAGCUGAGACAAUCGCUUCGACGCAAUCAGGCCUUCCAAUUUCUGGCUACCAACAGCCAAAUGAUACCACGAUGCCCUCACAGCCCGAGGAGCCUGCUUUCUCGGUUCCUUCAGCUUCAUCAGAUUACUCAACACAACAGGAUCAGCCAUCCCCUUCAUUUACACCAAGCUCUUCUUCUUAUGCAACUUCAUCUACCUCUCCCACCUUGCGUCCUGUUGAGAACGGAGAUCAGCCCGAAGAUACACAAGAUUUUUUACACUUUUCUGUACCUCAAGACCACAUACCUAUUUCAACCGAUGCUGCAGCACCUGAGGUCGAAAUAGCACGCGAUGAGAUAUUUGAAUCUGUACCAAAGCCACCACAGUCAACACCCGCCCCAACCCCCGCCGCCAUGGAGAAGGAAAACGGGCUACCGUUCCAAUCGAGUCCCCACGAGAAGGUUGUCCAUGCAGACUCAAAGCCCUCCACAGAUGAGGAGGAUCAAUAACCGAUUUUGCAUUAGGACAAUAUUCCUAUUUUUAGCCCAUCCUUUCUUUUUGGAUCUAAAUAUUCUAUGUUUAUGUUUAUGACCUCAUCACGCCUUGAUGUCGCCCAAAUACUUGCUGUCAUUCGUGUUUCUACCUGUACGUCCCAAAUAUACCCCUCUUACCGUACUAUACCAACGAUAAGUUGUUGCAACUUUGUAUUUGUUCAAUCCAUUAUUGGCAGCGUUUCACUCUUCCUUUUUUUUUUUUUUUUUCUUCUAUAUUCCGUAUCAUUUUAAGCCCUUUGAGCAAGCGAAUUUCCCCCAU